AUGGUGUUAUCAGAUAUUGAAAUGGGCCUACAAAGUUUCUGUUUGUUGAUAGUGAUGUUAUCCAUCAGUUUUACUAGACCUGCCGAAUGUUUACCAAAAGACUGCUCCGAAGUUACAAAAUCGCGAACUGGCCUGUAUCGCAUCGAUCCCGAUGGAAAAGGCGCAAUCAAGGUAUUUUGUGACAUGAAAACAGAUGGAGGUGGUUGGACAGUAUUCCAGAGAAGGAUCAACGACAGGAAAGACUUCUCUCGGAAUUGGACCGAAUAUAAAAACGGUUUUGGUAGUCUGGGAAGGAGGACAAGCUUUUGGCUUGGGAAUGAAAACCUCCAUCGAUUGACAGCCAAUCGAAGGGUUUCGUUACGAGUUGAGUUGGAGGCUUGGAAUCACCCCCACAAAACGUUAACAACCACGUACAAGGAAUUUUACGUCGGCGACGAGGCCUCUCUGUACCAGAUAACAUUAAGCAAGGGAAAAGGCUCUGCUGGUGAUGCUCUUCGUCCGCACAGGUCCAUGCCUUUCUCCACCAAAGACAGAGACAAUGAUAAGUCUCAGAGAAACUGUGCCGAGCGCUAUAAGGGAGGAUGGUGGUACAAAAGUUGCUUUUACUGCAAUCUGAACGGGGAGUACAUCAACCGAGAAGAUAUCGGGAAAGACCCCCAUCACUUUGGUAUCGUUUGGCGAAAGAAGAAGCUGAGGAAAGAAACUUCUCUGAAGUUCAGUGAAAUGAAGUUAAGACCGCCAAUGUGAGUGAUGGGGAGACAGUUUGGAGUAAGUUCAAAGGAUUCUUUACGGGAUAAUGAUAAUGAUAAAUGACAGUUUAGUUAUAAUGGUUGGUAAUUAUAUAGCAAGUAUCGAUCACUAUUUCCGAGGGUUGAAUCAAUACGCUACCACAAUGAAUGUAACAUAGCUCCCGGUGAAAUAAAGGUUAUCUAAAGUCUACGAGGGAUUUUGUUAUCAGCCAUAACUCAUAACAGACUACUCGAUAGGGAAACAAAGGGUACAAUCAGGUAUCCACAAGCAAUUCCCAUCAAAAGAUAUUGCCACCAUUGA